AUUUGACUUCAGCCUGCUUCUGUCAUGGCGGAUUUGAUGGAGUUCACAGCUCCCAAACUACUUGGCCCGCGGAAAGGACACCUGGCUGCACGCUGGAGGAACCGUUGAAACACUUGGCCAGCUGUGAGCCACCAACAGCCGUUGUGGCCGCAUGCUGCAAGGAACUGAGCGAAUGUAUGCCGUUGCCAGUCAGCAAGCGCUUCUGAGAAGGGGGCCCGGCAGAGAGCACAUGGGCACGGGCUUCUUGCGAUUUGGCAUGCGCUUCCUGGCGAUUCCGGAGGGCGGCUGGUUACGCUUGUGUCCUCAAAGCAUCCGCCCCCCUUUGGCUUCCCCUUCAGCCGCUGGCCUGGAGGUGGACCAGGAGAACUUGUGGGUGGAAGCCGCUGAGCCCACCAUCCGUCCAGUGCUUGAAGAUCAGCACCGCUUUUCGCCGGGUGACAAGGUUGAGGUCAUUGUUGGAGAGCCCGGGCCCCGACUGGGUGAGUGGCUGCCGUGUCAGAUCCAAUCCUUAGGGGAUUGGCCCGGUACGUACCAUAUCUUCGUUGAAAACCAUGAGCGGAACAACAUUCCCAUGUGGUACUUCCGAACGCCCGGAGAUGACGACUGGGCUUAGCCUCGCGGAAAAGGAUGUCAACAGAA